AUGUGGUACCGUACAUCGUACAGGGACGCCACAUGUUCCAGGACUAUUUACUUCUGCUGUAGCGGGUAUGAACAAUCAGGAAAUCAGUGUGCUAGGAUCUGCACGGACUCCAACUGUAACGCCCACCUGUGCUGGAAUGACAUCUGUCCUGUUUGUUUCCAUGACUACGGAACUCACAAUGGACGUCCUGCCCGAGCGUUUGACGUGGAUGGCUUGGACUGCGAUAGACGCUGUUCCUGGCGUAGUGACAGUAACCUGUGCUUCCCGGGGACGUGUGAGCUGGUCGGGUCCUGUGCGUGCUCAUCGGGCUUCUCUGGUCAUCACUGCCGCCAAAUUACUGCACGGCCAACAUACUUACAUUGGAUCGGAUAUCUUCAUGGAAAUGCAGGAGGGACAGCAGAAAUUGACGAUGAUAAUCUGUAUACAUGGACCAACAAGAUUCCAAGUCAUCUAGAGUUUCAGUGGCAGUUCAAGUACGACAAACCGAACCCUACUUACCAUGCCUACAUCCGGGACUUUAAGGUCGGCCCAGUACAGAGUUCUGUGUCAUGGCGGCUUCUCAGAGGAGGCUCCACAGUCACUAGCGACUCCCGAAGCUGUGACGAGUCUCUCAGCCGUGAUGCCCCUCCCCUGGCACCCGUGCAGUGUGACCGUGAGAUCAGCGUGUCCUUUACACCUGUACACCUGGACGAGUUAAAAGUUGAUAUCUCUACUAAGUUAGGAGGAUUCAUGUCUGUGUACAACUACGACACCAGGAGUCAGAGCAACGUGUACUAUAACGAUGGUCCCUCCCAGACUAUCUCAGCGAAGUUCGGUUUCGACUACACAACACCAACUAAUGCAGGUUCUCUUUCUGACAUGUUAGACCUCGGCGAGUUUUUCACAAAGCAGCAAAGUAUAACUGCCGGGUGGUCGGGCUGGAGUGACACGGGAUCGGGGGUAGGACAGUACCGGGUCGAUGUUUACCAGCUGCAGCGGGCUGGGGAGGAGCUCACGGAGACAUUUCCUCCCACACAUGAGCUGGUGGUGGAUACAUCUCAGAGUUCGGUACAGUUUGACAUGGACGUGAACACUCCCGGAGUCUUCUCUGUCGUCCUGGCUGUGGAGGAUGCUUCAGGAGGAGUGGAGAGGGGAAACAUGCAGUUGUGCCGUCGCUUCUUCAUCUAUGACAGCCUUUCGGACAUCACCGUGGAUGUUGAUGAAGACAUAGGGGGCCUUGGAUCAAUAUAUGCCAGUAGUGCCCUUGCAGGAACCGACUAUCAGUGGCAGACGAGCCUGGCGGAUCCCAUCACAGUCCAUUAUCAGGAUCAUUUCAUCCAGCACACCCACCAUAACGGCCGCUUCCUGGCGCACAUCCGGGCAUUCAGCGGACUGAACAACUCAGCAACGUAUGAUGACGUCAGCACUGGAGAUCGGUCACGACAGUCCAUCGACAACGAACAGGGCGUGGUCAGAUUUCAGGUAGCGUCUGGAGUAGACAACCAGGGCGGAGAAACUCUCUCACCUACCGGGUGGACUGAUGUAGAUGACCUGCACAGUGGUGUACAGUCUGUAAUGGUUUCAAGAGAUGACGGCAACACUGUGAAGGUGUGGAUCAAGGCCAUUGAUAUUGUUGGGAACGAGAAGACCGAUGGCGUCACUGUUCACAUCGACUCGUCCCCACCCGUCAUCGCAGACUUGUGGCUGGAGAAGGACGGAGAACCGGACCUGGCGGUGCACCAUCUGCAGGAACUUUGGGAGAUGAGGGUGGAGUUUCAGGCCUAUGAUGUCCACAGUGGACUGCACACCAUGUCCUGGGAACUAUUGGACAUGGAUGACCACAGCAUUGUACAUGGAACAGGCAGCCUGGCCGUUCGCACGGAAUCGAACCCGGCUAUCUGUACGGCCGGUGAGUGCGUGUGCGUGCCCAUGUCUCCUUGUUACAUGACUGGGUACGAGAUCGUGCCUGAUGCGUCCAAGAUGGUCAUUCCCACGGGCGGUCACAACCACGACUACCACCUGGUGGUGACUGUCACCAACAGGGCACGUCUGGUCACCACACACACUCUGCAGAUCACCAUUGAUAUCAGCCCUCCAGAGCCAGGUCACGUGAUGGAUAGUCUCCCCGGACAAGUUGACAUGGAUUUCCAGAACGACGAGAAUGUCCACUGUUCCUGGAGCGGGUUCUUUGAUCACGAGAGUGGCGUGAAGUUUUACCAGGUUUACUUUGAUACCCGCUGUGGGACAUCAGAUGAUUUUGGUGUUCCGGAACCGCAGAUGGUGACCCGAAAGACUCCAUACGAGACACAUGCCAGCUACACCGCCGCUGUCCCCGGUACAUACUACUGCACAGUGGUGGCCUACAACCGGGCCCUGGACCCCUCCGUCCCGGUGUGUUCUGACGGGGUUGUGUACGAUAACACCAAACCCACAGUCACAAACAUCGUCAUAGAAAACAUCCACGUGCACCCGGGGGCGGUGAAGGACAGCAGUGGAGACGUUUGGAUGGUGGACGACAUGCUCAGGAAAACAGCUGUGAAAAACCCGUCUUCAACAUGCAGGUCUGUGGCUAGACAGGUUGAAGACCCCCACAUCUUUCCAGACCGGAAACUUGAGUUUAUUACCCAAAACAAGACCGGUUUCACCUAUAGAGACUGGCAGGAGAUGUAUGAGAGUUGUGAGUCUGUGGGACCGAUGGCUCAACUCUACUUCCUCACGGGAGAUAAACACCUAAGAGUUUACUGGAAUGGUUCUGAUGAUGAGAGCAGCAUACAGGAUUACCUGGUGGGUCUGAGCUCCACGGAGUCAUCGGUAAUAGACCCUGACAUCAUGCCGCUCACUCCAACCAAUGGGCACACAUUUUUCAACACCAGGCACUCUGGAUUAGGAGAAGGCGUUGAAUUCUACUUGGGGAUAACGGCUAUAAACAAAGCCGGGCUACGAACGACAAAGGUAGUCGGUCCGAUUAUAGUAGAUGUCACACCUCCAACAUUCAGCGGAGAAGUCUCAGUGUCUGUUGAGGAUUCCUUCCUCGUGGCACGCUGGUCUAGAGAUGGCUUCUCUGAUGACGAGGACGGGGAAGCACUCAACAUGGCAUUUGCUAUCGGUCAUUUACCGGGAGGAGAAGACGUUAUGACAUACUCAAGCCUGAACAACACAGAACGAUGUCAGACUGCAGAGAUCACGUGCACAGCUGUAGCCACAACAGAACUACAGUGGAGGCUACACGGGAACCACACCUACUAUGUGUCAAUCAAAGCAACAGACGCGGCCGGUCUGUCAGUCGUGGAGGUGUCUCCACCUUACGUGCACAACGUGGAACCGCCGGCACGGGGAGUCGUGGAGGACGUUAACCCGGAUGUACCGCAGGACGGUUGGUUACAGGCUGAAGAUGCGGAUUUCCAAGUAAACAACACCGUCCUCGCCGUCCGAUGGUCUGGGUUCUCUCAUGCACAUCUUGACGUCAGCUAUGACGUGGGGGUAGGAAGCGCACCUGGUGAUGACGACAUCGUGCCUUUUGUGUCUCAAGGUGUAGACGUAACCACAACAAGUAUUGACGUGGAUCUUGAGUUCUUAAAGAAGUACUAUAUCUCAGUGAAAGCCAGAACUGAUGUGGGUGAGGUAAUGGUCAGUUCUGACGGCAUCACAGUUCUACCACAGGGCCUGCUAGAAGGGUCAUCGGUCAAUGAUGGCUUACCCUGUGAGCACAACGAGUCAGCUGGCAGCCAUCAAGUACAGACCAUCCGGUCGGCAUGCUACAACGAAUCCCCGUAUCAAGCCUCCACGACGACCGUGGCUGCCUAUUGGUCGAUAUCUGACCAAUCACGUCCGUUUGUCACCAAUAUAAAUUGGAAAAUCGAACAGGAAAUAACAAACCAAGAUGGCGACUCGACGUGGGUCAUUGUGCGUGACUUUGUCGACCUCGGCAUGGCGGAAAGCGGCGUGGAGACGGGUCUGUACCUGGUACCGGGCGGACAUUACAGAUCUGUUGUGGAGUUCUGUCAUCAGGCAGCGUGUUUCCAUCCAGUUUACAGUCCAGGGUUUUGGGUCGUGCCAGAACCACCAUAUGUGGGAGAUUUGGACGUGACCAUUACAUCUCCGGAAAUGGGGGUGGCGCGACUCUACGUCACGUUCGAAAAGUUCCUGGAUCCACAUCUCUACAGCGAUGCGGUUAUGGAUUUCUACGAGUGGGCGAUUACAGAGGACUCUCAGAACGGACAACUUCUCACAGAUUGGACUACUGUAGUUCCUACAACGUCUACCAGCAGGACAAUAUCGUUCAUUGUUCCCUCGGUAAGGCUCGAGGUAACGAAAUGUUUGCAGCUGGCGGUGCGCGGUCACACCCGCACCGGGAUGACAUCUCUGGUCGCACGGGAAAUCCUGGAGUGUGAAACAACAGCCGAAAACCCAGGAUACUCCAAUCCGAUCGUCAUUGAUGCCGUUGGAAACGUGACUAUCGACAAAAAUGCAGCCUGGAAUCAGCCUGACGUAGAGUAUACGUCAUCAACAGGCAGCAUCUCUGCAGUCUGGCCCACAUUACGUCAUCACCAGUAUGAGUGGGCUGUUAUUGACGACACUGAUGGAGAAAGCCUAGACACGAUGGCUGGAAAACAUCUGUCUAUCUCCUACCCGUGUAAACAUGAAAACGCUAUUGCCUGUGGCUACACUGACAAGGAAUAUCAAACAGUUGAGGGAGUUUCUCUGGAGCAUGGUAAACGUUACAUCAUGUGCGUCCACGCCAAUGAGACCAGUAGACAGUUCGAGACCUGGACGGACACAUACCCCGAGGUGGCCGCCUGUAGCAGCGGGGUGACCGUGGACACUUCACCUCCUGUACCCGGGGAAGUCUGGAUAGGAACAAGCAGGCAAAGGGGUUAUCAGACGUCCACAUCCGAGAUGUACAUCGAGUGGGAACACUUUGUGGAUGUGGAAGAACACGGAUUAGCGCUGCACCACAGUGGGAUUCAACAUUAUAAUUACGCUCUAGCAUACGACUUUGUGGGUCUAUCAGCUGUAGCAGUGUCACAGAGAGUGACGAUAGACACCACUCCGCCACUGAAGGAAGAUGUGAACAUUGACGUGGGGGGAACUUUUCAUUACUCCAAAGAAGCCGUUUCAGCAAGCUGGGAAGGAUUGUUUAACGACCUUCAGAGUGGAGUCUCAUUUUACGAGUGGGCCGUCGGUUCCCGGCCGGGACAUGCCGACAUAGCUCCGUUCAGCAGAACUGCGGACACCAUGGCAAGUACGGACCCGAACAGACCUCUGUCUCUGCAUGAGGGACACACGUACUAUGUCUCUGUCAAGGCGUACAAUAUGGUAGGUUUGGUCGCUAUGGCAACAUCGUCAGCCGUUACCGUGGAGACGACCCCGCCCACCAUGGGGAACGUCUAUGACGGCAGGAGAAAAGAUGUCGCCAGCGACGUUGAUUACCAACCGGAUGUGACGUCAAUACAUGCUCACUGGGACGGUUUCCAUGACCCGCACACAUCCAUCAUCAGCUACAGCUGGAGUGUUGGAACAUGUCCCGAAUGUAGCAACAUUCUCCAGCCUCAAAAUGUCGGCAUUCUUACAGAAGCCAGUGUUGACGGUUUGACGUUGUUUCCCGGAAAGACGUAUUACGUCACGGUUACUGCCUGUAAUGCCGCUGACCUUUGUACCAGUGUGACGUCAGACGGAGUCAUCCCUGACACCUCCCCACCUGUGUCCGGCAGGGUCAUGGACGGGGCGUUAGGAAGUGACGUCAACUAUCAGGCUACAAGCAACACACUGGCGGCUCAUUGGUAUGGUUUCACCGACCCUCAUUCUGGACUGUCCCAUUAUGAGUGGAGGGCGGGGACUACGAAAGGUGGCGAAGACAUCCUGAGCGUGAGAAAGUUGCAUCUUACUGAUGUUGCCAUAGCAACGAAUGUGUCCCUACCCGAGAACACAGCUGUUUACGUCACAGUAACUGCCUACAAUCGUGUUGGUCUGGCUGUCGAAACAACAUCCAAUGGUUUCAUUGUGGACACAUCAGCGCCGACUGUUACAUCUCCUGCCCGGGUUGACCAGACCCACGGGUCCGGGGUGGAAGGCACUCAGAUCUGGCGUUCUGCUGUGAGGGUCACAUGGGGGUAUGGAGAUCCUGAGAGUUUGAUCGUGGAGCAGCAUCUGUCUCUACAUAACCAUCACGGAGCAGAGGUUGCUAAUGUGAAGGUGACCGGAAGUGAACAGACGUACACAUUCACACACCUCGCACUGGACGACGGGAAUGAAUACGUUGCCAUGGUGACGGGAUGUAACGGCGCCAGUCUGUGCACUCAACAGUCUACUGCGCCUAUUCUGCUUGCAGUCGUUAAGACCUUGUUUCACAGAGCUGACUCCAUCAUCACAGAUCCACAUGACAGGGACACAGAGAAACAACAUAUACAGCAUGCUCUCAAGGACUGUGGGUACCCUAAAUGGGCCAUAGACAUGGCGACUGCACCGAAACCCACCCAACAGAACAACAGAAACCCGGCAACAAAACAGAAGGACAAAGGCCGCAUCACUCUCCCGUACAUCAAGACCGUCUCAGAACCCCUGCGCAGAAUCUUCGCUUCACACGGUAUCUCCACCUCCUUUAAACCCACCAACACACUGAAACAGCUUCUCGUAGCACCGAAGGACAAAACACCCAAAGAAGAGAAGUGUGGCUGUCUGUCAGCUCUGGCAGGUCGUGACAACAAACACUCUCCCGUACAGAGGGCAUUUCCAGGCAGUUUCUAUUGUCUUCGUUUCCACACCGGCACCAAUCCCGGUUCUCCAACCCUCUGUCUCCACAUCACCUCCAUCCCAAACGUUCUCAUCGCCUGGAUCGGGAUCGACUCCUCCCCCCCUGUGAUUGGCAUGUUUGCAGUCCACACGGCACACGCAGCAAGACUCACCAGGCACAGGGACGGCUGGAUGACGUGGACCAAUCAGGGAUCACCUCAGUUGAAUCUCUCUUGGAUCGGAUUCAGUGACUACCACUGUGGGAUAGAGAGUAUAGCCGUGACUAAUGGUGAACCGACGGUCCUCGAAGGGAACCUACUGCUGCCUGGUAACUGUACCCCUGACGAUGAGGGGUGUGUACAUGGAGGGAUCGUGCCGCUGUCCAGGGAACUCAGCCUGUACUCUACCAUAUACAUCUCUCUAUGGGCUGUCAACGGGGUUGGUUUAAGAAGCCGCACUGCGCACUCCGCCUUCACUGUGGUUCCAGCAGGUGGCUCCACCAGCGGGAGUCUGCAGCUGGUCCGGCGGUGUGACGCCCACUCCUGCCUCGGGCACUGCACCUGCGCACCAGUCGGACAAACCUGUGCCGUACCGAUGGAGAAUCCCUGCUCUCACUUCAAUACAUCUGAUUCUGCAUACUCCACAAUCGAGGUGUACGACAGAACAGAAUACAGACAGUGGACUGAGGCAGACCUGGAGUCUGAUGCUGACUACACCUACUCGACAUGCGCAUUAGCAGCCAGCUGGAAGGAGGUUACUGUGGGAAGUUCCAGGCCGUACAGAUAUGAGUGGAGUGCAGGAAUUCAGGGAGAGAGUGUUGGAGCCGGACUGUUUGAUCUCAUCCAUGAUGACGUAUGGCGGGACGUUUCCAUGGAAACACACGCGAUCCUAACCAUGCCGAGCGGAGAGUCGCUUGAGGCCGGUGUUACCUACUCGUUCUACGUCCGGGUCUGGUAUGACGACCACACCUACAGCGUGUUUCAGUCUGACGGCAUCACACCUGACUACACCCCGCCGGCUGUCUCCACCUCAAGAAAGAUCAAGGACCUUUUGUCACCGGAAGAAUCACACGAUGUAGACUACAUGGCUCAAACGACUUCACUAAGUACAAGCUACUCAUCGGUGUUCUUUGAUUCCGUCACUUCCGGUGACAGCAGCCACAUGCAAAGGUUUGAGCUGGCACUUGGGACAUAUCCUGGAGGUGAAGACGUUCAAAAGUUUGCAGAAAACCACGUUGAUGGACUGACGACCAACUACACGUUUUCUGGACUUUCUCUGUCACCGACCAAAACCUACUACUCAACCGUGAGAGCUUUUAACUUGGCGGGUCUCCAUAUUACGUACCAUUCUGAUGGAGUCAUGGUGGACACUGCGCCUCCUACAGCAGGAGUAGUACAUGAUGGAACAGGAGUACAUGAUGCAGAUUAUCAGUCAUCUACCACCGAGCUGUCGGCGUUCUGGCACGGUUUCACCGACCUGGAGUCCGGAGUGCGGCGGUAUCUGUGGUGUGUUGGACGGACUGGAGAUCCGUCUGAGUGUAGCGUGAAAAACUGGAUGGACAACGGGGCUUCUGAACGAGGAACAACCGAUACAGAACCUGCUCUUGUUACAGGAGAACGUUAUUUUAUCAAAGUCGUGGCCGAGGAUGCUGCCGGAAACCGCUCGCCUGCCGCGGUGUCUGAUGGGAUAGUGAUUGACAGCACGCCUCCGGUACCGGAAGCUGACCUGGUCUAUGAAGACAACCUGCUGCUGAACCCUUCAUUUGAGCUGGUCAGCGGAUCAGCUGACAUAAAAAGUUGGAUUUCAAAUAAUGAUUUUCAUGAGGCUGUGCAAGUUUCACCAAGACCAUGGGAUGAGAUCGCAGCCAAGGAUGGGCAACAUUAUCUCAUACUUCGUGGAUCGAUUUCACAAACAAUAGAUACAACACCAGGGCAGGAAUACCGUGUUUCUUUCUGUGUAAACCACGACACGUUAUCGGACGUACCCACACUGAACCAAGAAGGCACUGUUACGGCUCCAGGGAUCGCCUCUGCAUUCAAACUGAGAAAUCGGCCCGCUUCAUCGAAUGACAGAGAAACAGCAAUGAAAGAAGAUCAGUCAUCUUGGGACACUUGGCAGAGACAGGCGUUCUUCUUCACUGCAGUAGACAACUCUUCUGUCAUCACUUUAGGUUCAGUGGGUAGAAAAGCAGGCAUAUCUGUAGACAAUGUUAAGGUUCAGGCGAUGACGUAUCGUGGCAGUCGGUACAACAGCACCGCUCGUUACUAUGGAGACGUUGAGAUAUCUUGUCAGCUCCUUUCUGAUUGGAGCACAGUGGUGGCGAAGUGGAGCAUGGUGGAUCCGGAGUCACCCAUUGUUGACUACUCGUGGGCAAUCGGCAAAGUUAGAGGUGGAACUCAGCUGCAAGGCUUUACGUCUGUAGGACAGACGCGCAGUGCACGUCGGUCCGACCUGCCCCUUCAACACGGCUCCUACAUACACGUCACCGUGGUGGCCACUAACGCUGCUGGACUCAGAUCAGUCAUGUACUCGGACCCCGCUGUGGUUGAUCUAACGCCCCCGGUGAUUGGUUCCGUCAUGGAUGGAGCCGACAACACUUCCGUUGAUGUUGACUAUCAGAUGAGUGACGUCAUAUCCGGGGCGUGGCCAGACGUCAUGGAUGAUGAGAGUGGUAUAGAAUCAUGUGAAUGGGCUCUGGGAUACAGGCGGGGCAUAGCAGACCUGACGGAGUUCAUGCCGGCUGAAGGACAGAAGAGAUCCGCCUCUCUGGACACUCUCGGAAUCCUGAGGCAAGGACAGAAGGUGUACUUUAUCGUCCGAUGUCACAACAAGGCCGGCCAGUCAUCAACGGCAUCUUCUGACGGAGUGACAGUCGUCAGGGACCCGCCCGGGGUAGACCACGCCUCCCUGGAGAUUCUAUCGGAGCCUGUGACGCACUUCCGGCCAAGAAACCAUGAGCAGUACCGACCGGACGAGAUAAAAAUCCGCUGGGACGGAUUUGAAGACGAGUCUGGCAUUUCACAUUAUCAGUACAUGUUGGAAGGGACAGACCUGUCCACACAAUGGAUUGACAUCCCGUGGAAGACUCAGAACACUGCUAAGCUGACCGGCCUCCAGUUUGUACCGGGAGAGAUGUACACAUUAAACCUCAGGGCCGUCAACUUUGCCGGCUUGUCCAGUCAGUAUAUCUCAAGGGAGAUUGUCAUUGUAGAGUCGGCUCCGAGUAUCCGAGGUAAGAAUUUCUAUGGUAAAGUUUCUUCUCUUCCCGUGUCUUUACGUGUAAAAUUUAAACUUUACUGA